UACGUCAUUUCCGCUCGUUUUCACACCGCGCCACCGGAGAGAGGAGCUGAUAAACAAGCGCGUCUCCAGACCAAACUUCUUUGUUCGUCCCCACUCAGCGUUAGCGACCAGCUCCGGCACCAUGAUGGCAGAUAAGAUGAGUAUGUCUCUAGACGACAUCAUCAAGCUCAACAAGAAAGGAGGCAGCGGCCGCGGAGGACGCUCGUCCGGCGGCCAGGCUGGAAGUUCAGGUCGGGCCGGCGGAGCGUCGAGGCCAGCGAGGAGUCGACAGAAUAACAACUUCAACCGGGAGAGAACCAACAGAUCCACGCCGUACACCCGGCCCAGAGAGUUACCAGACAAGUGGCAGCAUGACAUGUUUGAGGAGCACACUGGUGGACGCAGAGGACAAAGUGCUGGAGCAGAAAGAAGCGUAGAAAGUAACGGAAAGCUGCUGGUUUCCAAUCUGGACUUUGGCGUCUCCGACUCGGAUAUCAAGGAGUUGUUUGCAGAGUUUGGGACUUUACAGAAAGCAUCUGUGCACUACGACCGGUCCGGUCGCAGUAAAGGAACGGCAGAUGUUCACUUUGAGGGCAAGGCAGAUGCACUCAAAGCCAUGAAGCACUAUAACGGUGUUCCACUUGAUGGCCGUCCCAUGAAAAUCCAGCAAGUGACUUCAGAAGUCGACACAGAGAGUAGACAAUCCACACAGAGUUCAAACAGAGGAUUUGACCGCAGCAGGCUUGGACAGCCCAAGGUCGAAAGGGCCGAAAGAAGUGAAUGGAGCGAAAGGAGGCAAGGUGGUGGUGGCGGUAGUGGUCGUGGCGGCGGCGGUGGAGGUUUCAGAGGUCGAGGAAGAGGAAACAAACCCCAGCUUUCUGCAGAGGAGCUGGAUGCCCAGUUGGAUGCUUACAAUGCUAAGAUGGACACCAGUUAGAAGCGCUCAAAAACGAUGCUGCUCCAUAUUCUUUUCUCCUCCUUUUUUUUGUUAAAUCUUGUUGAUCUGAUAUGGAUUGGACGUUAUUACACUUUUUGUUGUGUUUUUAAGCCAUUUUAAUGUAUGGACCAUUAAAUUUCGUUUUUCGGUUUUAAUAUUUCUCUUUUUUUUAGCUAUAUUUUCUGGGGCAGUUUUAUGUUUUGAGGAUUUUUCUCCUAGGCCAACAACCCCUCUGCUCUUUUCCAAAUGCCGUAAACUUGCAACAUGAAUUUUUUUUUCUUAAAUCACAAACACAAUUCAGUGGUUUGACAGACUGUUUAAUGUAAUGUUAAAGAUGUUAAUGUACACCAGUUCUGUCAUUUGGUACUGUAUACUUGACAUAUGGACAUAUUUCAAAGGGUUUUGUACAUAAAUAAUUAUAUUAAAUCGUCUUUCUGCUGUUUGUUU